AUGGCCCCUCUUUUCGCUAAGCGAUUAAACUGUUUCUAUUGUGGACGUCGAUCUCCUCGUCCCGAUCGAGACCCUCUCCGCAAAUGGCGAUGUCAACAUUGCGAGGCCGUCAACCAUCUAGAUGAAAAAGGAGACAUCACUGAUCCUCCCACUACCGAAACCAAUCCUGAUCUCUAUGGCCCCGAUGCAUCGGAUCCUCCCUUCGAAUCUGCCGACUUGACGGGCUCCGGUCUCUUCUGUGCGCAGUGCGUUCGCCAUCAGCACCUGUUUACGAGUGCCCUUGCCGCCUAUUUUCCUUCUCCGGAGGACCCUAACUACGCCGCCUACGAACGGGAAUACCCUAAAUUCCGCAAGAACCUCGAGGAGCGCUAUCCCCAGGUGUGUGCCCGGUGCGAACCUCUCGUGAAAGAACGCAUCCGUCAGACGGGCUACGAGGCCAAAUCAGAUCACCUGCGACGGAUGAUGGAUCGGAGUAAGGCGGGAAGGGCGGCGAGACAGGCUCGAAAAUGGAAUUGGAGGAGUCUGUUGGUAUUUGCCGGCGCCAUGGGCUACUGGGUCAGCAUUGCUGGUCAACUGUCUUGGAACCUGUGGAGCGCGUUGGCCGUCGACGACCCGCUGCGAGAUCCGGACGAAAGUUUUCGAUCCCCCUCAAUCUUGUCAUGCAUCCAGCACACAGUCCAGGCGCGGCAGGUACCUGGUGACUGUUCUACAGAUCUAGCGCCUUACGCCGGGCUGGCUCUUGUCGCCGGUAUUCUUGCCCUGUGGUACAACCCGAAACUGCGCUUGAAGGUCGAAGGGAGAGGUGGUCGGUUUGUGGGGUUGGGGGAGUAUUACAAGGUGCAACUCAUUGUCAUGGUGGCGCGAUGCGCUUUCUGGGCCGUUCUCCGCGAUCCCUCGUCAAGUGGCCUCGAUCCCUCACUACCCCCUGCUCUCCACGUGUUUAUGAUCUUCUUUUCACUCUUAUCCGUUGCCAUCUCUCGGCGCAUUGUGCAAUACGAUACUCGGCCGUUAGUGACAUGGACGGACAACAACCCGGCAGCAACGCCGCAACGAAAAGCCGGAGUCUCGCCCCUACCCAAUCUCAGCAGCAGCAAGCAGUCGUCGAUGACCCCCAACGGAACCGUGCAGCAGCAGGCCAUUCGGCGCUUCCCUCUUGAAAAAUUAGCUACUCCCCAGUCGACUCCUUCCCGGGAGCUGGCUAUCCCCACGCCGCCGCCGGAGGGACAAGACGACAUGGACUGGACGCCUUCUGUUCAGUAUGAAAUCCGACCAAUGGUCAGCGUUCGUCCGAGGGACUCUAGCUCUGUUCUGGACGGUCCUCUGCCGUUCUAUGGAUCGUUACCCGCUGCCCCCCAACCCCCGUCAUGGAAUCUACGCAACCAACCCGCUCAGCGCCAGAAGCCCAUCGAACAUGUUGUGGAGCGCAACCCAUUCCACCGUGCCCCGGCUCAGUCGUUGGAUUCAUGGCAGCGAAACACCGGUUCUUCGGACCCCGUAUUUGCGCCUCCGAAGUUCUUCCCUACGAGUGAUCAUGCUGCGUCAACCGGGCUGGAGAAUUUGUUUGAUCGGACGUUCACCAUUAAAUCACACGAGGACGACGAGGGGGAGAACUCGUGGAAACCGCAGCCAGGCACGGCAGACCAACGACCCCAACGGUCUACCGACUUGCAAAGCUAUUUCAUCUUCCAGUAUCUUCGGCUGGGAUUGCUUCUAGCCUCUCUUACUGCCUGGCUCCUCUCUCAGUAUAGCUAUGGGGCGGUGCCUGGAAACUAUAUCGAAGUGGUAUCUCUAGGGAUCGUAAGUCUUCUGGCAGGAUUCGCCCUCUUGGAAGUCUUGAAGCAGCCCAUCGUGCAUUGGAACGGCAUGGAAAUUCUCGUCUACAUUGCGGAACUCGCGGCAGCCGUCUAUCUGGGAGGGAACCUGCCCCGUGCUUCCUUCGAGCGCCAUUAUUUCGACCGAUACGGUAAGCUUCUCUUGGUCUUUAUGGCCGUGCAGGAGGCACUGGGGUUGCUUUCUCUCUACCAGUUCUCGGUUAGCAGAAGCCCACUGUCCGACACACCUGCCCAACCAGAACCACAGCAGCUUGAUCGCAUCGAGACCUCCCGCGGCGACCUAUCGAGCGUCUCUCCUCAGGGGGAGAAUGAUCACCACUCUGGAUUUCAGUCAUUUGCUUCUCAGUCCUCUGUGCCCCCGCUCUCCUUCUCUUCCACGUUACCCGGAUCGAGUUUUAUAACUCAACCCAUUGAGGUACAGCAGCGGUCCCCCUUUUCGACGUAUCAAGGGGGAUUCAACAAGGUCCACAGCUUCAGUCUGAACAGUCUGAAGGAAAACGAAUCCGACGCAUCAGAUCCUCUCGAUCGGGACUCGGACGCCGAAACAACGGCGACCGCCACCACAACAGCCACCAGCAACACAAACCGAAACAUCCGUUAUGGAGGGAGCAGCAACAACGAUCCCGUUUUCUCGCCCAGACGAUCUGACAUUGGCCCUGGAAUAGGAGGCCUGAGUCUUGAUGACCGGCCUCAUCGACGCAUGACCCGCAGUCAGACGCAGAGAAUCCAUGGGAGUGGGAGUGCGGGGAGCCAGACUUGA